AUGGACGAGAAUAAAAAAGUGUUUUACAACUAUGUUGACAAUAUGCACACGAAAAAUGAGGAAAUACAUAAAAUACUGGAAAUGAAGGAGAAAAUAAAAAAGGAAGAAGAAAAAAAAAUAGAAGAAUCACAGAGAAUUAUAAAAAAUAACCAAGUCUCUAUAAAUACCGUUGAAAAUGCACACAAAAAUAAGGAACUAAUUUGUAUAAAUUUAAAAAAAGAAAUAUCAAUUCAGAAAAAAAAAUUGCAAAAUAUGAACGCCCUUUUAAGUGAAUUACCUACUGUUAUACAGGGGGAGGAGGACAAAUACAACGAAUUUAAGAACAAAUCUCUCAGGGAAAUAGACGAACUAAAGAACAACCUGGAGUCUCCUUUUUACAUUAGAAACAAUGAUGAUAUUUGGGACAAAAUAAAAAAAUGCCAAAUGAAUAUCGAUCAGUUGAAUAAUGAAAUACAAGAGACAUAUAACGAAUUGAACCUUCUCAAUACAGAAUAUAACACUUCUAAAGAGAAAUUCCAAGACCUUGUUGAAUUAGAGCGUAAUAAAAAUAAAAAAUUAAAAAAGAUAUCAGUGGCAUUACAGUUCAUUCAAAAUUUUAAAAAAGGAACAAAUGGAAAAGAAAACGAUGAAGAUGAUUUAAAAAAAAAAAUGGAAGAAAUAAAUGACUUGUAUAAGUAA